GUCACUCUAUCUAUUCUAUUCCUAGUAGUUGAUAAUGGCAACAAGCUUUUCACCAAAAAUUCUUACCAAUAUCUUCUUGGUAUUGGUCGUAACCGCGGCCAUGUAUGCAGCCAAAGCUACGGACCAUAAAGAAACCAAGCUAUCCUUUUACCUUCAUGACAUCGCAGCCUUCGGCGACCCCAAAGCCACGACGAUCGCAGUUGCAGGCAUUGCUGGAAAGGCUUGGACAUUCACCCAAUUUGGCACCGUCUAUGUCGUCGACGACAAUAUCACCAAAACCCCAGAUCCAAAGUCACCCAAAGUUGCGCAAUUUCAAGGCCUGUACGUGACAGCCGCAUUGGAUGGGUUGCGUGCAUUUGCUACGGCAUCAAUACUGUUCACAAAUGAAGAGUACAACAGAAGCACCAUACAAAUACAAGGUACUAAUCAGGAUCCUGAUACAGAGGUUGCAGUGGUGGGCGGGACUGGGAAAUUCCGAUUUGCUAGGGGCUAUGCAACUUCUAAGAUAUAUUUCUUGGACACUGCUACCCAACACUCGGUUGUCCAGUUGAAUGUCACGGUGCAAACUAGUUGAAAAUAUUGAUGGGGUCAUAGAUAUAAGAUAUGGACCGUUUCUGUUAAAUAAGAAUUGACAUGAUAAUAAGGGCUUAUGUCCGGUGGCUAGUUUCACUAGACAUAUUAAGAUGUGGAUACGUGUCUGUAUUUUAGCGUAUCCAGUGGAACUAACCACUGGACAAAAGCCUCUUGUUGUGCUAUACUCCUAUUUGUGUUUAUGGUUUAAAAGCAAUAAUAUCGAUGU